GACGUCCGACGCCCUGACAGACGGACAGUAAACAGAGAUAAUGACAGAUUCGACGGUUUGUCGACACGAAAAUCGCGGGGUGAUCAUGCUGGAUCGCGACUGAGUCACGCUUAGACGUUCAAACAUUUGACCGGUAUUUGUACUUGGUCUUUGCCAUUUUCUCCUAUAUUGACGCCGUUCCCUUCUGCGUUGUCGCUGAUGGACAUCCAAAGCUUACCUUCAUAUCCUUCUCUGGAAACAGUUGAACAGCUCAUCGUUGAUGAAAAACAAGGAAACUGCGUGCCCGUCUACGUUGAACUGCCAGCGGAUUUGAUAACACCAUGUAUGGCCUACCUGCGCAUUGCCAAAGAUUCAAAGUACAGCUUUCUUCUCGAAUCUGGUAUCAGUGGGGAAAGCAUUGGUCGAUAUAGCUUCAUCGGCGCUGAUCCCUUCAAAAUAAUCAAAACGGGCCCUGGCGAGGAAUACAAUGGCGAUCCCAUGUCCAUUCUCCAGAAAGAACUGUCUCUCUACCAAUAUGUCAAAAUUCCCGAGAUACCCACGUUCACCGGCGGCGCUAUCGGUUACAUAUCCUAUGAUUGUAUCCAACAUUUCGAGCCCAAGACGGCAUGUGAACUCAAGGAUACCUUGCAGAUACCCGAAACUGUUUUCAUGCUUGUCGACACUCUCGUUGUAUACGACCACAUAUUCCAGACCCUGAAAGUCGUAUCUCAUGUGUUCAGCCCCAAAAAUGCUGGCACCGGAAAUUUGUCUUUCGUGUAUCAAACUGCUGUGGCCAAAGCUCGAAGACUAGCCAAAGCCCUCCUGGUAAACACUACUCCCGAAGUUCCCCAGCCUCCGAUAACCACACUUGGCAGUGAAAGUGUGUCCAAUGUGGGAAAGGAGGGAUACGAGUUGUUUGUCACAAAAUUGAAAAGCCAUAUAGUAGCAGGAGACAUCAUCCAGGCUGUACCAUCUCAACGACUUGCGCGUCCUACAUCUCUGCAUCCGUUCAAUGCAUAUCGGCACUUGCGACAGGUCAAUCCGAGUCCAUACAUGUUUUAUCUUGACUGCGGAGACCUGCAAAUCGUUGGCGCGAGUCCUGAAACGCUCUGCAAAGUCGCGAAAAACGUUGUGUUUAACCAUGCCAUAGCAGGAACAACAAGGCGCGGCAAGACACCAGAAGAGGAUGCUAAGCUAGGGGCUAUCUUGUCAGCUUCCGAGAAAGACCGCGCAGAACAUAUAAUGCUUGUGGACCUGGCGCGAAAUGACGUGAAUCGUGUCUGCGAACCUAAGUCAGUCAAGGUGGACCAUCUCAUGAAGGUCGAAAAAUUCAGCCAUGUAAUACAUUUGACGUCUCAAGUCUCUGGAACGCUACGUGAAGGGUUGACCAGGUUUGACGCUUUUCGCUCCAUAUUUCCUGCAGGGACGGUGUCCGGUGCACCCAAAAUUAAAGCCAUUGAAAUCAUAUCCUCGCUUGAAAAAGAACGUCGCGGUGUUUAUGCAGGCGCGGUUGGCCGUUUCGAUUUUUCAGCUGACGAAAUGGAUACAUGUAUUGCUAUCCGAACGAUGGUGUUUAAAGAUGGUACAGCAUACCUUCAAGCAGGAGGAGGGAUAGUUUUUGAUAGCGAAGAGGAAGAUGAAUACAUCGAGACCAUCAACAAGCUGAAAGGGAAUGUUCGAGCCUUAGAGCAAGCAGAACACUAUUGGCACGAAUUUCAGCGAGGACAGGGACAGAAGUAGUAGGGAUAGAAAAUGGAAUGUG